CAAUAGUCGACUGUCAACAAUCAAUGGUUGCAGACAACAAUGAAGAUCCAUUGAUUAAUACAAUGGAUCUGCUGUCUAUUGAUGGUUCGACUACAAGCUCAACCUCCCAGUUUCGCGAUCUUCCAAAGGAGCUGCGCUUCAUGGUUUACGAGUACGCUCUAUCAUUUGAUUCGAUCGACAAGUACCACAGUGACUACCUGGAGCUAUUAUGUACUACCGCCAACGAGAGAGAGCCCCCACCAAAGGUCAACAUGGCCUGUCCAUCGAUUCUAUUGGUCAGCAAGGACAUCACCGAGGAAGCUAUACCUAUCCUGCAUGCAACUCCGCUCCACUUGUCGUUCGGCGUCUUCAGGGGAGAGCUGGAAAACCUCAUAUCGCCAACUCUGCUCCAGAACUUGCGCUAUGUCCACUUGUCUGAUUCAGGAGUCCACCACCUCAACCCCCCUCCGCAUGACUGCUUCGUUGGCUUCUGUUUCGUCGCUGGCCAGCUCGCUUCACUUCUCAGAUCUCGCCACUCGCUCAAGACUCUGACCGUCACUUACAACUCGGCCUACAUCGCCCUUCACUUGAGGGACUGUCUCAAUGUCAUCGAUAGAGCUUGUGGCAUCAAGAGCUGGACCCACAACCUCGUCAGGGCUCUGAGACAACUGCAUGACAUCAACAAGGUUUCUCUUGAUGUCGAGUUGACCAAGGAGAUGAGGCAGGAACUCGUUGAGGACAUGCAGGGCCCCGCUCAGGGGUUCUUCGCUCUGCCCUUAUCCGUCCGUCAGAAGAUCUACAGCUAUGCUGCUGACCCCAAUGAAAGCAUUUCUGCCUUGCAGCGUGUCACCAAGGAGCUUGCUUUGUGA